GCGACCGGCGCUUUGGUGAGUUUGACGUGGCACUCUGCUUUCACUGAGCACCGUGGAGAGGACUCAGCCCAUUAUUCAGGUUGUCAACUCAUUGAUCCUGGCAUGAGAAGACAGUAACAUCCCAUCAAGAUGAGUCAACAGGGUUAUGUUGCUGCACCCCCAUACUCCCAGGCCCAGCCCGGAAUGGGGGGCUACCAGGGUGGGUUUGGAGCUGGUCCUGCACAGCCCCUGUAUGGGCACUAUGGAGGUCCGCCUCAGACAUUCAACGGUCCACCAACAGGUAUGAUGAAGUCACCAGUCUCCUCUGCAGCUGGGGUGCCCCCACCUGCAGCGCCCAGUCAGUACAAUCCAAAUGUCCAGCAGAACGGCGCACAUCCGCAAAGAUACCCUCCACCGGCUGUUUCUGCUUCUUAUGGACAGCCUUUACAGUCCCAGUACAACAACAUGGCCCCUGCGGCCCCCCCUCAAGCUCAACAGCUCACCAAUCAGAUGAGUUCCAUGAACCUGGGCAGCUAUGCCUCAGGUCCUAUGCAGAGCCCCCCUCCUCCAUCAAACUCUCUAGCCCAGCAGCCUUUCCAACCAGCCCCUCCUCCAGUGGGCCAGCCACUGAUGCCUCCAGGACCACAGUCCCCCCACAUGUCUCCUCCGCAGUCUCCCCCAGCAAACAUGCCAAUGGCAGGCCUCCCAAUGGCUGGCCAACAAAUGGGAGGCCCCCCACUGUCAGGCAUGGGUCGACCCUUUCCCGGCCCCCCUCCUCCAGGCCCCGGAGGAUUCCAGCAGCCUAGUCCGGGACCUGCUGGUCCAACUGGAUACCCCCAGCAAGGAGGUCAGUUUGCGGGACACAUGGCGGGGCCUCAGCCUGGCAUGAUGGGGCCUCAGCCCGGCAUGAUGAUGGGGCCUCAGCCCGGCAUGAUGGGGCCUCAGCCCGGCAUGAUGGGGCCUCAGCCCGGCAUGAUGGGGCCCCAGCCCGGCAUGAUGGGGCCUCAGCCUGGCAUGAUGGGGGCCUUCCCCGGAUCACCAGGCGGACUGGCAGGACCACCUCAGAAGAAACUGGACCCUGACUCUAUCCCCAGCACCACUCAAGUCAUCGAGGAUGACCAAGCAAAACGAGGCGGACAGGUGUACAACACGAACAUCAGAGGACAGGUUCCACCGCUGGUCACCACUGAGUUCCCCAUACAGGACCAAGGCAACGCCAGCCCCCGGUUCAUCCGCUGCACCACUUACUCCCUGCCCUGCACCGCAGACCUGGCCAAACAGUGCCAAGUGCCUCUGGCCUGCAUCAUCAAACCUUUUGCCAGUGUGCCCAAGAAUGAGACUCCUCUGUAUGUUGUGAACCAUGGUGAGACCGGCCCGAUCCGCUGCAAUCGAUGCAAAGCCUACAUGUGUCCCUACAUGCAGUUCAUCGAUGGAGGGCGUCGCUUCCAGUGUGGCUUCUGCAACUGUGUCAAUGAAGUGCCAGCCUUCUACUUCCAACAUUUGGACCACAUGGGCAGGCGGGUGGACUUCUACGAGAGGCCAGAGCUGUCCCUGGGCUCCUACGAGUUUGCAGCCACACUGGACUACUGCAAGAACAACAAGCCUCAAAAUCCUCCUGCCUACAUCUUCAUGAUCGACGUGUCCUAUAACAACAUUAAGAGUGGACUGGUCAAACUGAUAUGUGAUGAGCUGAAGACUCUGCUGGAGAAUCUACCCAGUGAGGACGGUUCGGAGAGCUCUGCCAUAAAGGUGGGCUUCGUCACCUACAACAAGGUGCUCCACUUCUACAACGUGAAGAGCGCUUUGGCCCAGCCGCAGAUGAUGGUGGUGUCAGACACGGCGGAGAUGUUCCUCCCCCUGCUCGACGGAUUCCUCGUCAACUAUCAGGACUCCAGAGCGGUUAUCUACAACCUCCUGGAUCAGAUCCCCGAUAUGUUUGCAGACAGCAACGAGAGUGAGACGGUCUUUGUUCCCGUCAUCCAGGCCGGCGUGGAGGCAUUCAAGGCAGCAGAGUGCAGCGGGAAGCUCUUCAUCUUCCACUCCUCCAUGCCCACCGCCGAGGCCCCGGGAAAACUGAAGAACAGGGAUGACAAGAAGCUGGUGAACACCGACAAGGAGAAAACGCUGUUCCAGCCUCAGAAAGGAGUGUAUGAGCAGCUGUCGAAGGAGUGUGUGGCGCAGGGAUGCUGCGUGGACCUCUUCCUCUUCCCCAGUCAGUAUGUGGAUGUGGCCACCAUGGCGGACGUGCCCUCGCACACCGGAGGCUCCGUCUACAAGUACAGCAACUUCCAGGUGGAGACGGAUGGGGAGCAUUUCCUGAGAGACCUGAGGAAAGACGUGCAGAAGAGCAUCGGGUUUGACGCCAUCAUGCGUGUUCGCACCAGCACAGGGUUCAGAGCCACAGAGUUCUUCGGAGCGAUCCACAUGAACAACACCACAGACAUCGAGAUGGCGGCGGUGGAUUGUGACAAGGCUCUGACUGUAGAGUUCAAACACGACGACACGCUCAGCGAGGAGGCCGGAGCGCUCAUGCAGUGUGCAUUGCUGUACACCACCGUCAAUGGACAGCGACGUCUCCGCAUCCACAACCUCAGUCUGAACUGCAGCUUGCAGCUGUCAGAGCUGUACAAGAGCUGUGAGACAGACUCUCUCAUCAACUUCUUCGCCAAAUCAGCCUGCCGUGCCAUACUGAACCAGCCUCUGAAGGCCGUGCGGGACAUCCUGGUGAACCAGACGGCCCACAUGUUGGCCUGCUACAGGAAGAACUGCGCCACCCCCUCAGCUGCCAGCCAGCUGAUCCUGCCUGACGCCAUGAAGGUGUUCCCGGUCUACAUGAACAGCCUGAUGAAGAGCGCUCCUCUGGUGGGCAGCACGGAGCUCUCCACCGACGACCGCGCCCAUCUGAGGCUCUCCAUCAUGGCCAUGGGGGUGGAGGAGACACAGCUGCUGCUCUACCCACGCCUCACACCCCUGCACAACCUGGACGUUGACAGCGAGGCUCUACCCGCUCCGGUGCGAUGCUCCGAGGAGCGCCUCUCGGACUCCGGCAUGUUCCUGCUGGAGAACGGACACUCCAUGUUCCUGUGGCUGGGCCAGGCCAGCCCUCCGGACUUCAUGCAGAGCCUCUUCAACCUGCCCUCCCUCGCACACCUGCAGGGAAAUAUGAAUGCUCUGCCAGAGCUGGACAACCCGCUGUCCAAUAAGGUCCGCUCCAUCAUCAGUGGCCUGAUGGAGAAGAGGCCGAACUCCAUGAAGCUGCAGAUCGUGCGGCAGAAAGACAAACCAGAGAUGCUGUUCCGUCAGUUCCUGGUGGAGGAUAAGAGUCUGCACGGAGGAGCCUCCUACAUGGACUUCCUGUGCCACGUCCACCGAGAGAUCAGGCAGCUGCUCACUUAACACCCCAACUGACGGACACACACACACAGGGUCAGUUAAUAAAAGGACGGUUUUACAAAGACAGAGGAAGACACCCAGAGCCAGCGAGAGCCAAAGCUGCCUUUCCAACGUAGUGUACUUAAAGUGUGACCUUCAAAUAACCACUCGUCACUUGAGAAACAUACACAGCCAGCGUUGACAAACAGACACUUGUGUGGAGAUCAGAUUUUGGCAUUAAGCAAUACACCAUUUAUCUCCACAGUUUCACUUUCCACUUUGCAGAUUUACAGGAUCAGGACGAGGGGUUAUUUUUAGGCAAUACUGCUGAUGUUCACUUUAAAACUCGCCAGUCUUUGUUUUACGUGACUCUCUCCCGUAAAGACUGAAUAUAUGUAAUCGUCUUCAAAUCUUGUUCUCUUUUUUAAAUAUAAAUACAUGCUCAAAGAAAUUUUACAAUAUUUAAAACGUCUUAUAGAGGCUUCUACAUGUUAUCAUACUUUUGCUGUCCUAGUGUAAAUGUGCUAAGUAAACAUACAGGAAAAAUGUAAUCAUAAUUUAAACAGUAACGCUGCUGAAAAAUGACUCCUGUCAUUACACACGCCUUCCCUCUGAAACAUGAGAUUCUUUGCCCGUUAUAGGAAGGAGAGAGCACAUUGUUUGUCCUGAUGAAAAACUACGCUUCUUUUUCAACUCGAACUUGAACUAGUAAGGAUGUUUAAGGGAACGGACUGCCAAAGGUUUAGGGACCAAAGAAUACAACUGUCACAACUAUAUAACGAAAUGUAAAGAUCUGCCCUUGUUGGGAAGGAUGUAUUUUAAGGAUACUUUUCAGAUACCUCUGAAAAUUUCAUAACAUCAAAAAGGUGCCAUAUAAUAAAUCUGACUUGUGCCAAAAUUGUCAGGACCAUCAAAUGAUUGGUUACUUUCAGGGAUGGCUGCAAUUAAUGAUGGAUUUACAUUAAUUCAUCUACCUAUUAUUUUCUCGAUUAAUGGUUUAGUCCAUAACAUGUCAGAAAAGUCCAUUCCAGUUCCUAAAAACAAGGUUUUUAGAGACAUUACCUUGGACUUUGUCAGUCGAUAUAAUAUAUAUGAAACAAAUCAGGAAACGAACAGCAGGAAAUCUCCAUAUUUCAGAGGCAGAAAACUGCAUUUUUACACAUCAACAACAACAAACGAUUAGGUGUAUCAUAAUAGUUUGCGUUCUCUGUCAGAUCAGCAGAUUUUUGGUCAGAACAAGUUUAGUCCACUCUUUUUACACCUGUCUGUUAUAAUGAAAGAAGAAUUUCUGGCACAGUAUUAGCGUCUCUGUUUUGCAUCGCUUGUUUUGACGGAGGUAAUCGCCUCUGUGUAAUUCAUGUAUGCAUUUGAUAAAUAUUCCACGAUUUUGUUUAUGUGUGGCCUACAAAGUCUUUUUGUACAUCAACUACUUUGAAAAUGUAACCAUCUGCCUUAAGUUGCUAUAAUAAUAAUAAUUGUUAAAACAUGUAAAAUAUAUAUAUGUCCUCGAGGUCUACGGCUGAUUUCAAUCUCUUUGGUUUGUAUGCAAACUUAUCUCAGGUAAUUGAGUACCUUAAUAUUUUAAGUUGGAUGAAGUGAUUUUAAUAACUGGAAAGAUGGGACGGUUGUGGUUUUGAGUUGAUUUUUGGACCUCUAUGGGCUUUGGAUGCCAUGUGUAUUUUAUUCCAGACCCUCAACCAAUUUUGUCUGAAUAAAUUCUUGACAUAUCG